AUGAAAUAUUCGGGUCGUUGGCAUACUGAAGGACAUUCUGAAAAUAUCCUUGGUGUAGGAGUCUAUUAUAUGGACGUCGAUAAACAGUUGCAAGGUGGUGUAUUUAAAGUUCAUUCAAAACAAGCUACAGGAUGGCCAGACGAUGACCAAGAAAUCAAUGUACACACUGGUGCUGCCAUUGUCUUCGAGAAUUCUAUUCCACAUCAUUUUCGUCAAAUACAAAAUUUAACAAAAGUAAAUCGUCGCCGUACAUUCAUGAUUUUGUUCGUUGUUGAUCCACGACAUGGAAUUGACUCAGACAGUUCACAAAUAUGUGUUUGCUAUUACAAUCAAGCAUGGAAUUUAUUGAAUGAAUUUAGUCUUACAUUGUUUAACGUACAUAAUGCACAGAACCAACGACAAUUACCUGACCUUCUUAUAGAGAAAAUUCUAUUUCUUGCCAAAUCUUUGGCUAAAUAUUGA